AUGAUGUCUGGAGUGAAGAAGAAGAUAACAAAUGAAGAGCCUAUAUUCAGGGAUAUGGUGUCUAGAAUUGGUUUAGCGAGAUGUGGAAAAAGUUGCAGACUACAGUGGGUGAAUUACCUCAAGCCUGGAGUGAAAAGAGGAAACUAUAGAAAAGAGGAAGAAGAUCUUAUCAUCCAACUUCAUGCCAAACUUGGAAACAGGUGGUCAGCCAUAGCAUCUAAGGUUCCAGGAAGAACAGACAACGACAUAAAAAACUAUUGGCAUUCGCAUAUGAAGAAGAGGAACAAAAGAUAUGCAGCUGAAACCGGGAUGAUCACAAAGGAGUCCUGCAAAAAUUCCUCAACGUCUGAAGUAUCACAGAAAGAAGAACAACCUUAUCAAAUGCAGACAUUGAUUAGAAGAGGCUGA